AUGGACCCUUUGAAGCCGAGGUUGCCUCACUCACCUUCACCAGGACUGUCUUCACCGAAGAAAGACAUGAACCCUAAGCCAAAUCAAGUGGGAACCAUUGUUCUCUAUGGUAUUCCCAUUGUUUCUUUGGUCAUAGAAAACCAAGAGAGGCUUUGUUUGGCGCAGAUAUCCAACACUCUGCUAAAGCAAUUCAGCUACAACGAAAUUCACAAUCGUCGCGUUGCGCUAGGCAUAACCUGCGUGCAGUGUACCCCCGUUCAGCUGGAGAUCCUCCGUCGGGCCGGUGCCAUGCCCGUUUCUUCCCGUCGUUGCGGUAUGAUCACCCGUCGGGAAGCCGAACGUCUUUGCAAGAGCUUCCUCGGAGACAACGCUCCCCCGCGCCUCCCCGACGACUUCGCCUUCGCUGUGCACCACGAGUGCGCUUGGGGUUGCCGCGGCUCCUUCCUGCCUUCGCGUUACAACUCCUCCCGAGCCAAGUGCAUCAAGUGUUCAGUGUGCGGAUUGUUCUUUUCUCCGAACAAAUUCAUCUUCCACUCGCACAGGCUAAGCUCCAACGAUAAGUACGUCCAGCCGGAUGCCGCCAACUUCAACUCUUGGAGGCGGCACAUGAAGCUGAGCGGCAGCCCCCCGGAGGAGGUGAUCCACGCGUGGGAGGACGUUAAAGCUAUGUUCAAUGGGGGUACGAGGAAGCGCCUUUUGGCCUCGAAUGUGGUGCGUCCACCGAAGCAGACGAAGGUGGAAGCGCAACCGCAGCCGAUCGUUCCUUCGCCCAGGAUACCGAAUUGCCAGGAUAUUGCGUUGCCGAUUUCGAGGGUGGCGAUGGAUUUUAUUUACCACAAGCCGUUGGCGUUUUCGUCGUACUCGACGUUUCCAUGGCUGAAGAGGAAUUCCAUUCUGUUUCCGCACGAGAGUCCCUUUUUUCCGAUUGAUAAGAAUUACCAGUCGGCUUUCAAGCCGGUUCAACCGGUGGGCGAGAGAACCGUGCCACAAAAGGAGGAGGAGAGCGACGAUGAAGUCGAUAUUGAAACGACGGACGAGAAGAGUGACACCAAUGCCUGGAACUUGAAGGAAGAGAAGAACACACCGAGCGAAACCUUCACAAACUCGGAAAUGAAUAACGAAAUUGUACCACCGCCAGCACGAGACGAUAUGUCUACGAUUUCUCAACGAAUUUGGAAUUUGUCAAGGCUUUCUUUUGAUGGCAGCGAUAGAACGAAUUUUCUCUAUCGACAAGAUUUGCACCGACAUUUCGUCAUAGACUCAGAUGACACGAAUCCCAUUAUUCGGAAUUCCGUUGGAGUCACAAUAGGAAUGAAACCAAAUGUGGAUUGUUCAACUUGCAUUAAUCACAAUACGAUUUAUCCCAGUCCUGAAAAUAAUAAUAAAAUUACUUAAUUUAUAGGGGCGAAUAGUUAAUAAAAGUGCAAUAUUCAAGUGUUACCACUGGUUUUCAUUUAGCUUACCGUCUUUUGUUUAAUUUACAAAAAUAAUCUCUAUUAUUAAAUCAACUACGAAGAAGAAAGAGAUGGAGCGAUAAGUUUUUAGUAAAACUUGUAAGUAUAUAGCCAGUUCAGUUAGACUACUGUAUACCAUGUAUUCACUUAACAGCUGAACAUGUUAGUUUACCAUGAAAUGUGAUUUCUAGGUUUACAAUUUUUUUUUUGUAAACUUAG